AUGCUUAUCAGAUUCAGAUCGAAAAACGGCAUUCAUAGAGUCUCCUGCGAAGAUAGCGAGCUUUUUGGAGCAGUAAUUAAAAGAUUGUUGGGUAAUCUGGAUGCCAAUGCCGAUGCCAAUACAUUUACUGUUAGUGAGAAGCCUGGGCAGGAUGUCCAUACUGUUUCUGAACUGGCUAAUCGAACAGUGGCAGAUCUAGGGCUGAAGCAUGGUGACAUGCUGAUAUUUAGUUAUUCGAAUCAGCCCAACACCGAGACAAUUGACACCAGCGUCGGAACUGGAUCCGUAGACAUUGGUGUUAAGAACGGUCGUCAGAAAAGUUUGGGCCCGUUGAAAAUCAAAGAACUUGAUGUUGACGAGGAACUAGAGAAAGAGAAAGGGUUAAUACCUCGCCAAAAAUCAAAAUUUUGUAAGCAUGGUGAUAGAGGUAUGUGCGAAUAUUGCUCGCCUUUACCUCCUUGGGACAAAGAAUAUCACGAGGCAAAUAAAAUCAAACAUAUUUCUUUUCAUUCUUAUUUGAAAAAAUUGAAUGAGAAUGCCAAUAAGAAGGAAAACGGUAGCUCUUACAUUGCGCCGCUCUCAGAACCUGACUUUAGGAUUAACAAGCAUUGUAAUAAUGGACAUGAACCAUGGCCUCGAGGAAUUUGCUCUAAAUGUCAACCAUCGGCAAUUACUUUACAACAGCAAGAAUUUAGAAUGGUGGAUCACGUCGAAUUCCAGAAAAGUGAAUUAAUUAAUGAGUUUAUUCAAGCGUGGCGGUGUACAGGUAUGCAGAGAUUUGGCUAUAUGUAUGGCUCUUAUGCUAAAUACGAUAAUACGCCCUUGGGGAUAAAGGCCGUUGUGGAAGCAAUAUACGAACCACCUCAACAUGAUGAACAAGACGGGUUGACCAUGGAUGUUGAACAAGUCAAGGAGGAGAUGCUACAGAUCGAUCUACAGGCUCAAGAAAUGGGGCUUUCACGUAUUGGGUUAAUAUUUACAGAUUUGUCUGAUGCAGGAGCUGGAGAUGGGUCCGUCUACUGUAAAAGACACAAAGAUUCAUUUUUCCUUUCAUCAAUAGAAGUUAUCAUGGCUGCUGGACACCAAACCAGAUAUCCUAAUGUGAGCAAGUUUAGUGAACAAGGAAUAUUUUCUUCUAAAUUUGUCACCUGUGUCAUAUCAGGAAAUUUGGAAGGGGAAAUUGAUAUAUCGAGUUACCAAGUAUCCACUGAUGCUGAAGCAUUAGUCACGGCAGACAUGAUAAGUGGAUCCACGUACCCUUCAAUGGCAUAUAUCAAUGACACCACCGAUGAAAGAUAUGUACCUGAAAUAUUUUACAUGAAAUCCAAUGAAUAUGGUAUAACAGUAAAGGAGAAUGCCAAACCUGCAUUCCCUGUGGACUAUCUUUUAGUAACGUUGACUCAUGGGUUUCCUAAAAAUAACACGGAUACCAAUCCAAAAUUCGCUACAUCGACUGAGUUUCCGUGGGCCAACAGACAAGCUCUGGGGCAAUCUCAAGAUUAUCAAGAACUGAAAAAAUAUUUGUUCCAGGUGGCUUCAAGUGGAGAUUUCAAUCUCUUACACGAGAAAAUCUCGAAUUUUCACUUGUUGAUAUAUAUAAAUACUUUGCAGGUACUUUCACCCGAGGAAUGGAAAUUACUGAUAGAGUCUGCUAUAAGAACUGAAUGGGAAGAGCCCCUAUUGAAACUUGUCUCCUCAGCUGGUUGGCAAACACUAGUCAUGAUCCUUCAAGAAAGUGGUUAA